GCAUCAGGUCCCCAUUCAUAAAGAUUUUCUUUUUUAAGUUUUGCUCAAUUAUUAACCAUUUUGUUUGAUUGGUUUACUUCUGGUAGGCUUGAUUUUUAAAUCUUUAGUUUUUAUUGGGUUUCAAUAAGCAUGCUGAUUUUGGGUUACAAUAGGCAAGCUGAUUUUGGGUUAAUUUGUUUCAGUAUGGAGGAGGCAAAAAAAAGAAUAUAUGCUUGUAGCACUACUACUUACGAAGGUUUUCAGGUUCUAAUGUCUGAAGAAGAGUCUGAAAAGUUCAAUGAUAUACCUGGGGUCGUUUUUGUAUUGCCAGACUCUUACAUUGAUCCAGUAAAUAAGGAGUAUGGAGGAGACAAAUUUGAGAACGGUGUUAUCACGCCAAGACCACCUCCUAUUCAGUAUGCUAGAAACCAAGGUGGUAAGUUCCGUCCACAUAAUAGAAAUCCUGACCAACCGAGAUAUGAUCAACAAGGAAAUUCAAUGCCAAACCAGCAAGGGAAUCCACCAUUCAAUCAUCAGGGAUUUGUGCAAGGGGAUGGAAGGAACUAUAGGCCUCCACAAAAUUAUCCACCUCAACAAAAUUACAAUCGGCAGCCACCAUUGAGCAACGGAGAUUAUGCUCCUAGAGGAAGUGAUACUUCAUUUCGGGGCAGUUACAACCAAGGAGGGCAGGGCAAUUAUAAUUCCCAAGAACGAAGGGACUUCUUUCAAGCAGAGCAGAGGAAUUAUAUGCCUCCUGAGCAAAGGGAUUUCAGAGGAGAUCAUAGGAGCUAUGUUCCCUCACAAGGCGGGAAUUAUAUGCAGGAACCAAGUUCUGGCUAUGUACGGAAUUUUGGGCAAGGGGCAACUCCUGGCUAUGGGCAGAAUUUUGGGCAAAGGGCAAAUCCUGGCUAUGGAGAGAAAUCUGGACAAGGAGCAAAUCCUGUCUACGGGCAGAAUUCCGGGCAAGGAGCAAUUCCUGGCUAUGGACAGAAUUACGGUCAAGGAUCAAAUUCUGGAUUUGGUCAGAACUAUGGACCAGGAGCAACUGCUGGCUCUGAGCAGAGUUAUGGGCAUAGAGCAAAUCCUGUGUAUGAACAGACUUACCCGGGGCAUGGAGCUGGUCAAGGGUUCUCACAAGCAGAACAGAGAAAUGUGCAAGGAGAGCCCACAAGAUCAAUGGGGCAAGGAGGGAUGCAACAAGGAAGAUACUAAAGGUUUCAAAUGGUUCUUUGAGAUGAUUGGGGGAAUGGUCAUGCAAAUGGUCUCUUUUCUUUCUCUCUUUUACACUUUUUCAUGAGGGUUACAUAUAGCAGUUUCUGUUAUCGAUCAUAGUAAAUAGUCGACUGUUUUGUCUUUGUUCGAUUUUGUGGCCGUGAAGUUGAGCUUGUGGCAUCCCCUAUUUGGUUCAGAGCUUGCACUAGAACUUUUUUCUGCUACGUUGUGGUACUGGUACAUAUUUCAGCUAGAAAUCAGAAUCUGAUUUUGCCUCUUGUUUCUGCCUUUUCCCUUUUUUCUUGGUGAACAUAUAGGAAUUUCAGUCAUCAUCCUAUAUCGAAUCUUUCUUCUUGGAGAAAAUUAUGCAUGGAGGUUGCCAUUUAAUAUUUCUGUCUGUAGAUUUUUGUUAUUAGGAUAUGAACAAUUGUAAAUCAUAUUUUUUCAAAAAAAAGAAAAAAACACAAUAGCAUACAAUGCAAGGUCCGGUUAGUUUUAGUAGCAACAUAUAAUCCCAUUCAAAAACAAAAAUUGCAGGAUGUAGAAUUGCAGAACUGUCAAGAGGUGAUUUAAACUCAGUCCUUCAUGAGAAAAUCACAUUCUAAUGAUUCUUAGCCCCUGAAAAGAAACCUUUGUUUAGUAGCAGCAGCAGCUGUGCUGAAUGUUUUCUUUUUUCUUUAAACUUGUUUUAUAUUCUUUACUGUAAACAAUUUGUACAAAUAAAAUUCAUGCUCUCUUGUCUAGACAUUAUUAGUUAUUUCAUGAAUCAGUUUGAGAGUGCUGACACAACAACUGAAAGUGCUGACACGUUAAUGGAUAUCAACCCUGGUUUUUAUUUGCUCUGGUGUUUGCCAAUUUAGAUCAGAAUGCUACCAUGCCAAUG